AUGAAAGCUUUAUACCCUGCAUCACACGAGAUACCCCAGCUGUCCGACGCGCUCCUCGCGCUCAAAAUUUCGCGGCACUCGAGCUGCACCGCGUGCCCCUCCUGCUACGGACUCCGACCACCACCAGACGUGCAGGUCGUGUUAGAUACAGAGCACUUAGCGUCUUCGCUGGGCACGUUGGCCAUCUACGGCUCUGAUGACGACGACGGUUCCACCAGUUAUUUGGAGAUUUGCGCCUGCGGACACGGUGUCGCUGACCAUGGCGCCGACAUUGCCUCCAUCGGAAAGGAGGAGUUCGACCGGCGAGGACGGGUUGCUGUCCGUCUCGAUGAAUUACUACAGGAUUGCAGCAAGUUGCUUGAUUUCGAAUUUACAAACGAGGAUAUCCAGUCGUUGCGGCAGCAGAUGCAGCUCCCUCCAGACUCCCCACACAGCUCGUUGUCCGACGUGCUCGGCUCACUCGUGCCUUCGCCCGGGCAGCCUCUUUCGCCGGCUUCGUCCUUUCUAAGCGACAACUUCGAACCACCAUCGAAGAAGCGCCGCGUGUCAUUUUCCUCUCUAAGCGACGCUGACGACGACGACGAUGACGAAGAGGAGGACAAGCCACUCGCAGCCAGCGUGUCUGCCGCGCCUCCAGCUCCCACGCGUGAGAACGGGACUCGCGGAGUGGCACACAGGAGUGGCAAGCAGAUGCCAAGCAUGAAGUCCAAAGCCCAUACUGCGCCCGCAACGAUCGCGCCACCGACGGGGGAAGAGCAAACCGCGAUGAACAGACCCGCAGAGAGCGUGAUUGGCCGCGAGCCAAGGAUCAAGGUCGAAGACAAGAUGGACGAGGGUCAGCUUACACGUCUUGCCACUGGGGUGACCGUGGACGCGAGUGGCACGACAACAACAAUGCCGUCACUGAAACCGGAGAAGAUGGCCCACAUCGAGCUGCGCAAGGGCGUUAUUCGCGUCGUUGCGGUCGAGAAUGACGCACAGCCACGAUCUUGGGUCAUCCUCACCGGCCUGAAGACAUUGUUCCAGAAGCAACUCCCCAAGAUGCCUCGAGAGUACAUUGCACGGUUGGUCUAUGAUUCCAACUCGAGAUGUCUUGCGAUCGUCAAGCACGGAUUCAAGGUGGUCGGCGGAAUAUGUUUCCGGCCGUUUCCUCACAGAGGAUUCGCGGAAAUAGUGUUCUUCGCCACAACGUCCAUCGAUCAAGUCAAGGGAUACGGCGGGAUGCUCAUGGACCACUUUAAGUCGCACAUUCGCAACACCUACCCAGACAUGAUGCACUUCCUGACGUAUGCGGACAACUACGCGGUCGGGUACUUCCGCAAGCAGGGCUUCACCAAGGAGAUCACGCUCGAUCGCUCCGUUUGGGCAGGGUAUAUCAAGGACUACGAGGGCGGCACGAUCAUGCAGUGCACGAUGCUGCGGAAGGUUAACUACCUCGAGACGCGCGACAUCAUUUCGCAGCAGCGCGAAGCGAUUCUCACCAAGAUCCGCGAGAUGUCGCGUUCGCAUAUUGUGUAUGAAGGCCUGCCCCAGUUCCGGGAGGGUGCUCCUGAGGGCAUCACAGUGGACCCGAAGGACGUUCCUGGCUUGAGAGAGAGCGGAUGGACACCAUCCAUGGCAGCACUUCCGCCUCGGCCUUCAGGGAGAAGUGUCGACCACUCGGCGAUGCAGAAGCUGCUUUCAGACUUGCAAGGCCAUCCGUUAGCAUGGGCGUUCCUUCAACCAGUGAAUGGCCAAGAUGUUCCUGACUACUACGAUGUCAUCAAGAAACCCAUGGAUUUCAGCAUGAUGGAACACAAAUUGGACACCAACCAGUACCCGAACCUGGAUGCGUUCCUCGUCGACGCACAGCUAGUUUUCGAGAAUUGCCGGUCGUACAAUCCCGAGGGCGGCACCUACUACAAGAACGCCACGAAGGUGGAGAAAUUCGUGAAGGAGCAGCUAUCUCUCUACCAGUUGAAGCACGAGGAAUAG